AUGCUCAACUUCAAGAGCAGCAUGUCUGUACAGCCCUUCAUUCGGACACCGACAUGUCAAGUGUGCCUCGAACCGUAUGACGGAAAACGACACACGCCGAAAAUAUUGCAAUGUGCGCAUACAGUGUGUGAAUCGUGCAUUAAUGUUCUGGAAGAACAAAGUCGUCGACGAUACAAUACUGGUUUGGAUCCAACGAUUGUUUCUAUUUCGUGUCCGGUUUGUAGAACGGAGACAAAAACACCCCGAGCAUGCAUUCGAACAAACUAUCAAUUGAUAGAUGUCGUCGACGGAAUGUGCAAAGAAGCGACACAUAACAUUGCAUUUGUGAAUUGCAUCGAGUGCGAAGGAGUCUAUCACGAAAAAGAUGUCAACAUCUGCACCCAAUGCUCACCAAUCAACGAAGAUACGAAUACAAAUGAACUUGUUGAACGCAGCGUCAGCCUCCACCAGUUUUCAUUAUGCUCAACGUGUCUACUGGCUCAUAUUGGAAAGAAGCACAGUUUCAUCCCAUUACAACCACUUCGAGUUGAAAUGCAACGACAGGAAAAUAUUCGUCGUAUACUUCAAUCCCAAGAGAAACUAACAAAAUCACAACUUCGAUUCCGUGAACUUCUGGAUAAAACGAUGGCGAAAUGGAUACUUUGGAGUGGGAACCAUGAGCUGAAUAUGACUCGUUUCCGUGAAGCAACGGAAAGUUAUCAUCAGAAGACGCUCUUUGAGAAGUUCAUGGAAGAGAUAUCCACGAAGACGGAACAAAUAGAUAAUCUGAUCACUCAUGUUCAAAUGUGGAGUGAUGAGUUGGAAAGAGACAUGCCACGAAGUGAAUUCCUGGCAAGAUUCAUUUCCCCAGACAGGACUCCAGAAGGCGCUAGAUUGCCAAAUGCACCUCCAGUUCCACCACGGCCAGCAGCUCAGCCACCCCUCCCAGGAACCCCUCGACAACACAAUGCUGGGAACGAAGAGAACUUUUUGUACUACUUUGAGCGACAAUAG